UGUGCCUCGCGUUUAUACAGCUCCUCCGGCUGCUCCUAGGGAGUUGCUCUUAUUUGACAAUUAUAAAUUUUGAUGAUUUAUAGUGAAAUAACAGAACUAUAUAGGCUGGAUACUUUUCAUGCCCAUUUUUUAGAGCUUUGGACUCUGGGAUAGUCCUUGUUUUUGUGUUGGAUGUGGACCGAAUUCAGUAGGGAUCCCAGCAGACAUUCCCCUGUGAUUUGGAAAUGGCAACUGCUCUCAGUAGUCGAUAUCCUGGUGGACGUGCACCAAAUAGAAGUAAGGGGCGAAUUUUAGGCAUCAUUGAUGCCAUCCAGGAUGCAGUGGGGCCACCCAAACAAGCAGUUGCUGACCGGAGGACUGUGGAAAAAACUUGGAAGCUCAUGGAUAAAGUUGUGCGGCUCUGCCAAAAUCCCAGACUCCAACUGAAAAACAGUCCACCAUACAUCCUGGAUAUUUUACCUGAUGCCUACCAACACCUGCGGGUCAUACUAGGCAAAUAUGAAGAGAACCAGAUGAUCAUACAGCUUAGUGAGAAUGAUUACUUUAAAAUCUACAUUGAUAGCCUUAUGAAGAAAUCCAAACGAGCUAUCAGGCUCUUCAAAGAGGGAAGAGAGAGGAUGUACGAGGAGCAGUCACAGGACAGGAGGAACCUGACCAAGCUGUCUCUGAUCUUCAGUCAUAUGCUGGCAGAAAUCAAAGCAAUCUUCCCUGGAGGACAGUUCCAAGGAGACACGUUCAGGAUUACCAAAGCUGAUGCUGCUGACUUCUGGAGGAGAUUUUUUGGUGAAAAGACAAUAGUGCCAUGGAAAGUCUUCCGUCAGUGCCUUCAUGACAUACAUCCCAUCAGCAGCGGUCUGGAGGCUAUGGCUCUCAAAUCCACCAUUGACCUCACCUGCAAUGACUACAUUUCUGUGUUCGAGUUUGACAUCUUCACACGCCUCUUCCAGCCUUGGGGAUCGAUUCUGAGGAACUGGAAUUUCCUAGCGGUGACACACCCUGGCUAUAUGGCCUUCCUUACUUAUGAUGAAGUCAAAGCUCGACUGCACAAGUACAUCAACAAGCCUGGCAGUUACAUCUUCAGACUGAGUUGUACACGUUUGGGCCAAUGGGCCAUUGGCUAUGUGACCACUGAUGGAAACAUACUGCAGACCAUUCCCAACAACAAACCGCUGUUCCAGGCUUUAAUCGAUGGCUACAAGGAGGGCUUCUACUUAUUCCCAGAUGGUCGCAGUUACAAUCCUGACCUCACUGGUUUAUGUGAGCCGACACCUCACGAUCACAUCAAAGUCACACAAGAGCAGUAUGAGCUGUACUGUGAAAUGGGCUCUACCUUUCAGCUUUGUAAGAUCUGUGCUGAGAAUGACAAAGACAUCAAGAUUGAACCAUGCGGUCACCUCAUGUGUACUUCGUGUCUUACUGCCUGGCAGGAAUCAGAUGGCCAAGGAUGCCCUUUCUGUCGCUGUGAGAUCAAAGGCACAGAGCCCAUUAUUGUGGAUCCCUUUGACCCACGAAAUGAGGGCUCCAAGUGCUUCUUCCUGGACCAACAAAGCUCCCCCUUGCUGGACCUGGAUGAUGAGGAAGACCGAGAAGACUGUCUUGUCAUGAAUGGACUGGCCAACAUCAGGAAGCAAUGUGGCGAGCAUCAGAAAUCGCCAAUGGUGUCGCCCAGUUCUUCACCUGUCAGCCAACACAGAAAAGCCCAUGGGGGAAACUCCAGCCAAUGUGUCCAGCACCUCAGCCUCCCACCUGUCCCACCACGACGUGACCUUAUCAACAAAGGUGCCAUUCGCUCCCCAUCUGCCAGUCCCACCUGCUCCCCCAAGUCUUCACCAGGCAGAUCUAGGAAGCAAGACAAGCCUCUUCCAGCCCCACCUCCUCCACAGAGGGACCCACCACCACCUCCUCCUCCCGAGCGUCCUCCUCCUGUCCCCCCUGAAUCACACCACUCUUCGCUCCCCAGUUCCUCGUACAUGUCCUCUUCUUCUACAGGCAUGCUGUCAGAAUUCCAAAUUUCCUCUGAGAGUUGGUGCUCCAAAGACAGCCAUUUGACAGAUGCACACAAGACUGGAGGGGAACACCAACUCCUGCUGGGACCCACUGUGCCUUGUCACUUGAACAGAAGACCACUCAGUUGUCCAUCUGCGGAAUUUGCGAGGUUACAUCAAAGGUUGGACGGGGCAGGAAAUUCAGAGAGCUCCAAGCCCUUCUGUAAUGGCGAGCAAGUCAGUGAUGAGUACGACAUCGUUCCCUCACGGCAGUUGCCAACUCAGUCCAAACUUUGUAGUAGCCACAAAUCCUCCAACCCUUUUUGCAGCCCUGUGUUAGAACAACAUCAAGGGGCAAUGGAAGGACCGGAGGGCAACUAUCACAUUCCUUCAUCCAGUCUGUGCCUGAGUCAGACUCCUGUCUGCAUCACUGUAGCAAGCAGGUCCUUGGAAAAUAGCCCUCCAGAGCUGUCCUUUGAGGAGGAGAGGCCCUGGUCCCUUGAGCCUGGUGGAUGUUCAGAAUCCAUCGGUGAGUUAGUCUCAGGGGCAGCACAUACUACCCUCUGCCCCUUCAACAUCCAAAAGACACCAUCUGACUAUGACUUUCUACUUCCCCAACCAGUAUUUGAAGACACCUUAAACAGCUGCCCUCCAUCCCAGCCUCCUCCUCCUCCUCCACCUGUGAGACACAGCUUUACUGAGCCGCCCUCAUCAUCCUCAUCCUGUAACUCUUCCAUAUCAUCCAACUCUGUUAUCACUCAACUACACAUGCCCCCCUCUGGACACGAGCAUGCCCUGUUAACUCCAGACUCAGUUUUUGGCAUGGUGAACAGUGCUGCUCCCUCGCAUCCAGCCAAAAGGCAAACGGACAAUGUGAAAAGCUCCAGAGACAUCCUGGAGUACAACCAUCCAGUAUCACUGGACUGUUUGCAGGCACCAGCGAGGCCACCCAAGCCAUAUCCCAGGAAGAGUCCUCCAGAAAUACAACCAGAAAAACCACACAGCCUGGAGCUGGAGAGUGAAGAUGCAAAGAUAGCCAAGCUGAUGGGCGAGGGUUUCGCUUUUGACGAUGUGAAGCGAGCACUGAUGAUUGCUCAGUACAAAGUGGAUGUGGCCCGAAGCAUCCUGCGAGAAUUUGCCUUAGUGGCCCCCAGACUCAACCUCUAGUCCUAACAGAUUGUGAAAGUGGAGCACAGCGAUGAGGCCGUGCCUCUAAAAAGGGCUUCUUUAUUCUCUUUGGUCUCAGAAUUUUAGGGAAAAAUGGUGAGGGAAAGAAACAGAAAUAUUUCAAGGGAGACUUAGUUUUUGUUGCCAAACAGAGAUGACAUGCACAACAAAGUGGCUAAAACCAAAUCACUGCAGAGCAUCAAAAAAGGGAAAGAUAUGGCUGUGAAUGAUUAAACCUGUGAAAAAAGAAGAGGCUUGUUAUGUUUACAGUGAACUUUGCCAGUGCUGGCCUCUGGUUUUAAUUCUUCUGUGUGUCUGGGUGCGUGGACCAGAUCAUGCUACUGCUGCUACUGUCCUUUCACAUUACUCAGAGCUGAAAGAUUCUUAUAAUAGCAAAACAGUUUCAGCUACACGUUGUCAGAGGGUCAGUUUUCAUAACCAGUGGGGUGAGCCUUUCUCCAAGAUGUUUCUUCUCUAGCUGCUUUCCACCCUCUCCUCUCUUUAGUGCCUUCUGUUUUACUUCCUCCUCCUCUUCCCGUAUGUGUUUUUCAGAAUACUCCAUUUUUUGCCCAGAGUUUGACAUAGUAAUUGUACUACGUGUAGAGGAAUAAAUACUUUAUUUGGACAAGAAAAGCAGAGGAGAAGCAUGGGAGGGCUAAUUUUGCUCCUCACUUCUGUUCCUACACCGGGGGGGUGUUUAUUAUUAUGUUUUUCAUCUUUGGGCAGCAAGCCUAGGAAUGUAUUUGUUCUCCAUAAGUGACCUUUACCUUUUUUCAUUCCCUCAGGCCUAGUUUUUUUCUUUAAGUGAUGGUGUGUUUAAUGUUUGUGGAUGUUUGAUUUGUCUGUGUCUAAAGCCAAGUUUAAAGAAAUGACAGGAACGGGUGCAGUUCCAUAAAACAUACAUAUCUGUUAGAUCUCAGAGAUGAGACGAUCCACAGCCACCUGUCUCCCAUCUCACACUGAAAAUGUUCACAUCCACACAUGAUGGAGGAAGCACUCUCAGCCUGAUUUUGAGAGAGUGUGACUUGAUAGCUUGCAUGUGAACACAAUGGAGAAGAACAAAAUACUGCAGAGGUUUCAAAACACAAGACCAGUUAUAUGCACGGUCAUUGUAAUCUUAAAAACCCUUACCUCACAAUAUGGCAUCUGCUACAGGAAAAACAGCAUAAAAACUUACCAAGUUUGUGAAGCACCAUGUGCUUCACAAACUGCUACAACAACUUCAAUGUUAAUCAACCAAAACAACGACAGGUUAAAGCCUAAACCAAGAAAAGACACAAUAGUGUCAUAAUAAAGAAACUUAUCAUGGGAUGUCCCUCGGCGCCCUGAGGCUAAGCAGUGUUUCAGGGUUUCUUUAUCACAAAGAAAAGUUUAAAGCCUAAUCUUGAAAGUGCAGUGCCUGUCUCCUGAAUCCAAACUGAAUGAUCUGCUGCCCAUUCUGUUUUUCAAAAGUUACAAUUUUAGCCAAAGACAUGGGGUUGCAUCUUAAAAGAUAUGUGGUGUAAAACUCAAAUCAAACAUCUUGUGCUACCUACUGUGGUGAUCCCUUUGUGAUAAGGGAGCAACUGAAGACAGCUUUUAUACUGAGUAUGCAGACCAUAAAAUCAAAAUUGUAUGGUCUGCAGUGACCUUUCCCUUCAGGGGGACUAAUUGAACCUAACAAUUACACAUAUUCACAGAAUCCAGUCAGGUGUUAAUAUUUGUUCCUUUAAUAUGUCAAAUAUCUGGAAUUCCAUAAUAAUUUCACCUCAUAAUUUGAGACUGUGAUAAAAAUUUACUUUCCAAAGUAAUUUUUGAGAUUUCCUGAACAAUUUCUUUGAAGAAAACAAGCUCUCAGGUGAUGUGACACGUUGUAAAUCGUUUAUCUAGGUGAUUUCUGUUUUUUAAGACCUAUUUUGAUAUUUUUCUGUAAUUGCUUUCAUGCAUUUGUCAAACCUGCGGAUUUGUUGAAAUCGUGUCUUAUCAUAUGAACAAUUUAUCCUUUGUUCUGAGUUUUUAAGUCAAUAAAUCAAGACUCCCUAUUACAAAAACAAACAACCGAGGUCAAAAAGUUGAACUGUCCUUAGAUUAAAUAGUAGAUAAACUGUCGUUUUUAUACGUUUAAACUUUGCUUGCAUGUUUGCUUACAUAACAUUCGCAGACAGCAUGCUGCCUAGAUUAAACUAGGUCCUAUUUUCCUGUUUUCACUUCCACAUUCCAAUUUUAUGGUCAUUCACUGUUAGACUAUCAAAAUAAUCUGAGUUGAUAAGUGAUAGUGUUUCAUUGUUUGUUUGUUUUUCACAGAGCCCACUCUGAUUGAGGCUUUUCAAAUGGAAAUAAAACAGUUCAGUCAAAACUUUGUUAUACCGUAUAUACAAGAAAAUGAUAUUCACAGAUCUACUAACACAGCUCACUGGCUUUGUGUGUUAGUCUUUAAAUGGUUCAGUUGUAUUUAUAGUGUGAGUGUGAUCCCCAGCAUGAAGGCCUUUUUUUUUUACUUGAGUAUUUAGUUCAUGUUUUGGAACAAGCCAAGGUUUUUAACAGGCUUCUCCAUGAUAAAGUUCAACAGAUUCACAUUUCUACCAGAUUAACAUGCAAAAAUGUGAAUGUGGCUCUACCCCAGCCUCGUUCAUGUAUUAAUGGAGACAGGGAGUUUACACAUAUCUGGAACCACAACACUGAUAUUCCACAUUCUGAUAUGCCAUUUAGUGGCAUUCCCCCUUAACUCGAUGGUUUACUUUUGCAGUGGUUCUUUUGUAUAGCAACCAUCUUUCCUAAGCUCAGUAUUGUCCAUUCUGUUUGGACACCCUUGUGAUGGGCUUAAAUAACCUUUGGUUGCAAAGGGCAAUUUUAAUGUUCUGAAUUCAUUUACAUAUUAAUGUGCUCUAGUGAAAGAAAUGUAUUGAUAAUAUGUCAUGCAUAAUGUGCAUUGUAUGUUUAUAUUUAUGUUAUUCAUGCUUUUUCUUGAUUGGUUGAUUUUUUUAAAUCAAUAAUAAACAG